AUGAGUGUGGGCGGCAUGAUCGUGCCAUCGAAGAAAUAUGUUCAGGCGCUGCGGGAGUGGUGUAAACAGACAGGCACCCUGAUGAUUAUAGACGAGGCACAAUCAGGUAUCGGUCGCACGGGGAAACGGUUCGCCAUAAAACACAUCGAUUCCUCUUCGCAUACUAAUGACCCAUUUCUAGCCGCAGUUGGACUUGCUAAUAUCGAGAUCAUAGAGUGUGAGGGUCUGGUGCAGAACGCGGGCAAGAUAGGGCGGUAUCUGAAAGAUGCAUUCGAGAAGAUAAAGGUGAAGCACGAAGGUUUUGGCGAUGUCCGAGGCCUAGGGUUGAUGAUCGGUCUCGAAAUCGUGGUCGAUAAGGUCAGUAAAGGCCCGUCGUCAGAGCAUGCGAGUGCUAUCAGCCAGUACUGCCGUGAUCACGGGUUACUGCUUGAAAAAGACUAA